AUGAGAUUUCGAUCCCAAGUUUCCGGGCCAGCCUCAAUCGUGGGGCUGGCAAUUACAGCCGCCUUGUUUCUGACAAGAAAUUCUGCCAGCUGGGCCCGCCCGUUCUGCACAUGUACUGACGGCGAUAGCUGUUGGCCAUCCAAGUUGCAAUGGCAGGAUCUUAACGCCUCUGUUGGCGGUCGUCUCAUUGCUCCAGUUCCUCCAGCGUCUGUCUGCCACGACCCGAACUAUGACGAGGCCGAGUGCGCCGCUAUUCGCAAGGACUGGGUUUGGCCAGAGAUUCACGAAUCUUGGCCAGGCGGCAUCCAGAGCCCCUAUUGGCAGAACUCCAGCUGCGAUCCAUUCACUCCUGCUGAUACCCCUUGUACGCUGGGACAUAGUGUUUCCUACGCUAUCAACGUAACAGAUGCAGAAGACGUCGUGCAAGGUCUUUCAUUCGCACGCAGGCACUCCCUACGGCUGGCCAUCAAGAACACGGGACAUGAUUACAUGGGAAAGUCCGCCGCCAAAGGGGGCCUUGCCCUAUGGACAAGUAGCCUCCGUUCGAUUGAAGUGCUGGAUUUUGCAAGCGAAACAUACACCGGUCCCGCUAUCCGAAUGGGCGCCGGCGUACGUGGGCUGGAAGCCUACACGGCUGCCGCCAACAAAGGCCUUCGCGUGGUUGGAGGCUUUUGCCCGACAGUAGGCGUCGCCGGCGGUUAUACCCAAGGCGGAGGCCACGGUCCGUUGAGCUCACAGUAUGGGCUCGGAGCCGACCAGGUCCUUGAGUGGGAAGUCAUCACGCCUUCCGGAGAACAUCUGGUGGCGACACCUCUGCAACACUCAGAUCUGUACUGGGCCUUGAGCGGAGGCGGACCUGGCACCUACGCAGUCGUGAUCUCGCUAACCGUGAGAGCAUACCCCGACGGCUACAUCGGAGGUGCGACUCUAGCAUUCUCUACCGCCGGUGUGGCGAAAGAUGACUUCUGGAAUUUUUUCAAAAGCUGGCAAGACCUCCUCCCUAGCCUCACUACCGCCGGUGGGACAGCUGGAUACGCCGUCACCAAGGACGCCUUCUUCAUCGCACCUAUUACCCUCCCUGGGUGGACCAAGCAACAGGUCUCCGGAUUGAUAAGCCCGUUAGUCGACCGACUCGAUGAGCUAGACGUACAGUACACGCUCGAAGUGACAUCGGAACCCACGUUUUUGGAACAUUACAGCAAGCACGGUGGACCUUUGCCCCGAGGCCCUUACACGAUUCACCACCUCUUUGGCGGAAGGAUGAUCCCGCGCUCCAAUGUCGAGGAAAACAGCACCGCUCUUGUCGGGGCCUUUCGCAGCAUCCUUGAAGACACGAAUGCUUUUCUGGGUUUUGUUGCCCUGGAUGUAAAGCAGGCGCCUGGACGGAAACCCGUUGCGGACAAUGCCGUCCUCCCGGCCUGGCGAGACACCCUGAUCACUGUGCUCGCACAGUCCACGUGGAACUUUAGUGCGCUUAGAGCGGACGGCCAACGUCGUGCCGAUGAAAUCACCGACGUCGUUGUGCCAAGACUGAGGGAACUUACGCUUGGUUCCGGGACUUAUAUGAACGAGGGCGAUUUCCAGCUCAAAACUUGGAAAGAGGACUUCUAUGGGGCAAACUACCCGCGGCUGCAAGCCAUCAAGUCUAAAUACGACCCCGAAGGUCUUCUCUUUGGGCCUACUGGGGUAUCUAGCGAUGCAUGGUCGAUCGAUGAACAUGGCAGGCUCUGUAAAGGAUGGGGUGACGGACUCAGGUCAACUGGUCUUGGGCGAGUCGCUAUCUUGAGGGCCCGGGCUAUGCUAAAAGCUCGGGCGAGACAGGCACAAGAGCUUGCACGCGGGUACUUUGAGAUUUCUUCAACGAUACUUCCCAGUCAGUAA